GGCGAAACUGCCUUAAUGGUAGCGUCCAAGUUUGGUAGGGUGGCAGCAGUAGAGCAGCUUCUGCAACUCGGGUCUGAUGUCAACCUGGCGUCCAGCCGGGGAAAUGCCUUAACGUACGCCGCUGCAAAUGGACAUAAAACCUGCAUCAGGCUGCUGGUCAAAGCUGGGUGCAAUCCGAAUACUCCCGGAUCGAAAUGGGACCCCGCAGUAAUGACCGCAGCGCGUUCGGGGUACACCGAUUGUGUCAGGGCUUUACUAGAGGCAGGAGCGGAUCCCGACGCCAGAAACCACGCUGGUAAAACGGCGCUGAUCACUGCUACCCAAUGGGGUCACUUCAACUGCGCCAAGACUUUGCUCCGCUUCGGCGCCAAUGUGAACUCAAUGAGUGCCACGGGAGACACCGCCCUUAAAUGGGCAGCGCGGGGAGGCAACACGUCACUUGUCCGCCUGUUGGUGCAGUCCGGAGCAGAAGUCAAUACACCCAGCACUGACGCCACGACACCUCUGAUGUUUGCGGCACAUGUUAGUGCCGCGUGCGUCCGCGAGCUCAUCAGUGCAGGGGCAGAUUUACACGCCAGGAACACUAGGGGACAGGUUCCGUUAUUCUGGGGCGUGAACAGUGGGGAGGUUGAUAUUGUGCAGGCUCUUAUAAAAGCCGGCGCCAAUGUUAACGCAGUCUCCACGAAGGGACAUACGCCGCUGUUCUACAGUGUCAAGAAUGGGGACGAUGACAUGAACAAAAUACUCAUUGCCGCGGGGGCAAAUGUUAAUGCCAGAGAUUUGAAAGGCAAAACGCCGCUUUUGAGCGCAGUCCAGAACUACCACGUGGAUUGUUUCAAGACGUUGCUGCUGGCAGGCGCCGACGUUAAUCUGGCAGAUCAAGCUGGGAGAUCGCCCCUGAUGGUGGCCGUGAUGAGGCAGUUCACCGUGGCAUUCAACGAUCUUCUAGCGGCUGGGGCUUUGGUCAAUUGGAAAGACAGCUCCGGUCGCACGGCCCUCAUGCUGGCCGCCACCAUGUGCAGCGCGGCGUACUGCAAAGACUUGCUGGCCCACGGUGGUCGCGUCAAUGAGCAGGACAACGAAGGUGUGACGGCACUGAUGCACGCAGCCGAGAAGGAGAUUCACUGCGACAGCGUCAAGAACGUUCUACUCGACAGCGGCGCCGAUGUCAACAUGGUGGAUCUCUCCGGGAAAACCGCUCUGAUGCACGCCAUAAGCUACAACAAAAACCUUGUCUGCCUCAGGGUUCUGACCAAAAACAACGCCCUGAACCACCAGAAUACCGCCUUGGUUCACUGCCUAGAAAGCGAGAACAAUCUUGCAUCAUUGGAUAAGGCCGCUGUCCUCCUCAGUGUGGGAUUUCACCCCGUUAUACCUGAAUUUUACCGCCCUCUGCUGCUCCAAAAGUUCCUCCUUGCUAGCACGUGCCGGAAUAAAACCUACGUUUGGUCAUUUAAGAAAUUCAUUCUUUACCGCGAAAUGGAGAUGAUUCGCCUCUUUGUGUCCAAUGGCGUCGUGCUACAACGAAACGGGAAACGUGCGGCAUCCGGAGCGAGCCGUUACGCUAACAUCGCCUGCGCACUUUCAAAGGGGCACAUCAACCUUGUCAAAUAUCUUAUCGCCAACUGCUACAUCUUUCAAGAGGAUUUGAAUUUCCUUUGCAGAUCCAAGAGCGCGCAAUGGGAUACUUUGUAUCGAACUUACUCGGCCGCACUUGGCGAUGACAAAGACCAACGGCUGUUUUUGACCGAACUAACCAAACAGCCUUGGCCACUAGUCAAGCUCGCGUUCAUCGCCGUGUCCAGCCUGGUCGGCUCCAGUCCGGAGAGAGCCGAGCGUAUCCGUGGAUCCGGUCUCCCUUCACGGCUCCAAGCUCUGCUAAACUUUCAGGGGCCGGUGUCCACGCUGCCGGUCAGGGAGUGGUCCGAGCUGAAACUAGCCUUUGAUCCGCUGGCAUACGCGAAGUUGGAGAAACAAAGACCUCUGCUGUAUUUCUGGCCGUUUGGGAAAGAGAUU